CCCAGCCUGCAUGUGGAGCCUGAGGAAAUGCUGUGGGAACUGCAGCCAGGCGCCUUUUUUUUUUUUUUUAAUUCUCUCCUCUUCUUCUUCUCUCUUCUCCCCUCGUGUAGCUGAGAGGAAGGAAAGGAAGAAAGAGAAGUAGCUAGCUCAAAUGUGCCUCGCUCUGCUGCCGGGGCACGGGGGCUUGCCUGGAAGGAUCUAGUUUCUCUUCGGUGGCAGGAAAAGGAGCCACAGGCGGAGGCAGAGACGGACAUCCAGACAUGCCCGCCCCGUCAAGCUGCUGGCUCCUUCUCCUUUGCCUGACUGCCUCUGGUACACAGUUGUCACUACAAAUCACUCCGCCUUGCGAAAGUGAACAACACUAUGAGUACUCGGGACGGUGCUGCACCAAGUGUGAGCCAGGAAAGUACAUGUCAGCUCGGUGCAGCGGCACUGCCGAUAGCGUGUGCCAGCCCUGUGGCCCAAACGAGUACAUGGACGUCUGGAAUGAAGAAGAUAAAUGCUUGCUGCAUAAAAUAUGUGAUCAAGGGAAGGCUUUGAGGGAAGUGCACCCAGGGAACAGCACGUUCCAGCGGCAGUGUGCCUGUACCAUGGGCUACCACUGGAGUGAUGACUGCGACUGCUGCCAGCGAAACACCAUAUGCGCUCCUGGAUUUGGAGUCCAGCCUCCUGUGCAACAAGACAAGGACACGAUGUGUGUACCAUGUCCCAGAGGCUACUUCUCAAACAUCGCUUCAUCCACCGAUGAGUGUCAAUCCUGGAUCAACUGUACAGAUCUGGGAAUGGCAGAAGUCAUGCCUGGGACUGACAAGUCAGAUGCGGUUUGUGCAGAACGGAAGAUGCCUGAGCCAUCAGGAACAAACAAGAUCUUAUAUGUGUUGAUUGUCAUCUUGUUUUUUGUGGCACUAAUUGGCAUUGUCGUCUUCAUCGUAUACUACAAGAACAAAGGAAAAAAGCUGACAGCAGAUCUACAGAAUUGGGCUAACGAAGUGUGCAGCCAAAUAAAAGGAGCAAAGGAGCCCCGCAGGGGUGCGUUUGUUACCGUGAACAUCACGAAUGCCGCUGUCCCCCAGACCUCUGAAGGCACGUGUCUCCUGGGCCCCACUGGUUCUCCUGCCCCUGGAAGCUCCUGCUGCAGCAGGGAUCACCCACUCUGCGGGAACGGGAGCCCCAGCACAGUGCCCUGCGAGGCUGGAGGGACCCUCCAAGAGUUUUCUGUGCUGGCUGAGACCGACGAGCAUUUCCCAGCAGUUCCCAUGGAAGAUGAAUACACAGAUAAGGAUCUUAGCACCAACGAUUCUUUCUCUUUGCUGAGCGGGGCUGCCAGUAAAGCCAUGUCGUCGUUUUCAGAACCGAUGGAGGCAGGGGAGAAUGACAGCUUAAAUCAGUACUUUUUAGGGACUGGGAGCUUGGAGGGUGGAGCAGGCUCUCAAGGCUCUCACCUUUCCUCUGACACAAAAGGGGCACACACUGUCACGGACAAACUUCCUCAGAAAUCUUACCAGCUUGCCCACAGUUGCCUGAAGGAAACGGGCAACAAAGACACAGAACCUUUUGCAACAAACUAUGACUCAGAGAAGAUCUGUGUGAGAUGUGGCAUUUCAUACAGGGAAUCUCCCAGAAAGUGGAGCAAACCUUUUUGUGCUGCAGCUGACAGCGCCUCCACCUCCCCAGAAACUGGAUCCUAUGCACAGUGCACCUGUGGCUUGAAUUUUCUCUCUGCUGGUCAGAGCACACUAGCGAGCGAUCAUGGUUCAGAAGAUGCAUCUUCGGAUAGCACCAACAUGAAGUACCAAAGCACAACCAGAAGCACUUCAGGGACAAAUAGAAGCACUUCAGGGACAAACAGCAGCACUUCAGACCUCCCUCCAGCAUCUGGAAAUGUGACUGGAAACAGUAACUCCACCUUUAUCUCAAGCGGACAAGUAAUGAAUUUCAAGGGCGACAUCAUUGUUGUCUACCUUAGCCAAAACUCCCAGGAGGGAGCAACGGCCUCGGGGCCCAGCGAGGAGAACGUGGGCAGCCCCGUGCAGGAGGAGAACCUCAGCCGCUGUGAGACUUUUGCUGGCAAUGCCCAGCACUACAAGGAGAAGUGUGCCGAGCUGCAGGGCCCCUGCCCGCCGGGGAGCGGGGGGCCAUGCCGUGGCCAGGCCUCGCAGCCUGUGCAGGAGGAGGGGAAGCUGGGACACUUCUCGGAGAAGGUGCUGAACUGAGGCCAGCCGGUGUCCUUGCUGCGGGCCGCGGUGCCGAGGGGCUGGCCUGUGACCGGGCGUGGGGCUGCCGCACAGCUGCCAGAACCCCGGGUGUCGUGACAGAUGCGGAGCCUGUUGCUGGUGUCUCCUGGGUGGUUUGACAGCUGGCAGGACCCUGGCGGCGCAUGGGCCGGUGGCAGUGGGGCUCUUGCUGAGGUUGCCGGUGGGGCCAGGCACAGGCCUGAAGCCAGGCGCACUGCCUCCAUUGCAGAAGCAGUGACAGGGCUCUCUCCUCUCCCCGCGGGGCAGCGGGCUCCCCACCUGCCCCCUGCUCCCUCACACCUCUCCCCAACAAGCGGCAGAGGAGAGUUGAGGAGCUUUGGGCUGGGGCCGUUGUGAGGAGGAGAGCAGUGUUGCUGGACGGGUGUGUGGGGUGCGUCCCAAGAUGGGCUGACCACACUGAAGGGGAUCCCUGAGCUCCUCAGGGUUUUCUUGUUGGAACUAAGCUGCAUCCAUUCUGCUUGGCCUUGGGUCUCCUCCAUGUCUCUGGAGGUGGGAGGAAGCAGCAGCCAUGCCCGCUGCUGAGCUUAGUGCUGCUGCCAAGCUUCGUCUCCCCACAGGGAUCAGGAAAGUAGCAUGAGCCCUUCCCUUCUUUCCCCAAGGGAGCAGCUGCUCCAGUCUCAAACCAGUACCAGAGCCAAGAUCCUGGUCUGUCUUUUAUUAACUUGUGGGUUAUGAAUAGGUGUAACUCUGCCUCAAGUGCACAAUAGACAAAAUGCAGCUGAUAUGCCUUACAAACAUAUCAGAUUAAUCCUGAGCAAAGAGCAUUUAUAACUUCGGACUCCAAUUCGCCUUCUCAUCAGAGGAAUGUAAACUCCUGGAGGUCAGUGAUGUGUGCCUGGCAGACUGCUGUGUCAAUAGUGUCACUGAAGACAGACGCAUAGCUGCUGGCAGGUGGAGGAAGGAGCUAUGGUAACCAGCUGGGGACAUUUCCUGAGUGACAGGAGGUGGGAUUACCCAGAGAUGGAGAAUAUGGUCAAGGUUAAACAGGCAUUCCUUCAUCAGCCCAAACAAUUUUGUCAUUCCCUCUGCUAUUUCAUUAGUAAGCAGAGCUUUUGGCAUGAAGCUAUUUCCAGAGCUCGGCCCGUCUGAGCUGAGAUCAGAAUGUAGCCACUGUCACAGAGAGCUGAUAAGCAAUUGGACCAAAGCGUUGGAUUUAAAGACUAAGAGUAGUUGUAGUUAGAAGUUAGUCUCAGCUACUUUGUUGGUUUUGAUUCAGGUCCUGUAUCCUGCAGCCUCCUCCAGCAGCCACUGUGGGGAGAAAGAUGAAGGGAAUAGAGUCUCAAGGAGCUCAGAAGAUAACCUGACAAGGGGUAAUUUUCUGAUGUUGUCCUGCACAGAUGAGUGCUGCAGGAGGCUGUCCUCAGUCUAAGCCUUCAGGAGGGCCAGCACAGGGAUCUCUUACCUACUGUGAUUUCAUUUGCCCUGACAGAAACAGUGUCUGGAAGGGAGGGCUCCUUUUCAGAGAGGUGUAAAAGCCAAAGCCUGAGGGAUUCCCUGCGUAACUGCUCUGUUUGCAGUAGUGCUGCUCUGCAGGUGAAGAGCACCUGUAAAUCUGACAAGGUGCCCACUGUGUCAUGAUGAGCUUCUCAUCCAUGAAACAAAAGGCUGGGCUCAGCCACCUUCACUGCUCAGGAGAAUAAUUCUACAUUAUUUAUAUAUCUGGGAUGUAAAGUUCAAUACAAAUGUGCAAGACUCUCUCUUGAAUGGCUGACAAAAAGGGUGUAUGAACAACCAGUCUCCCUUUCACCUCUGCAUGGCCUUCAGAAAACUAGACCAUCCCAGGCUAGGCUCAGCCAGGCAGGCAUGGCCCACUCGGUGGCCCAUGCUACCUCUGCCUCUUUGAAGGCCUGUAACUGAAGCUCUCUUACCUUUGAUAUUCUUUUGUCUUUCCUGCUGGAGCCUUUACAACCUCUUUCUAGCCUCUUCUGGCCUAAUUCUGUAUCCCCUAAGCAUUGGUGCAAUAGGGACAAGAUAGCAGAGCCAUCGUCACCUUUAUGCAAGGUGGUGCAGAUAUUUUCCCACUUCAUUUUUUCAGUCAUAUUUUCCUGGAAAGCAUUGUCCCCGGACAUCAGCUCCACCAGAAGGAGUUCAGCCAGCCCCACUUACAGGCCAGGAGGGACUGAUACUUGUGUUCAGCUCUGGGUAAAUUACUUGUCUGCAGGUCUGUCUCCUCAUCCUUCUCCAUCUGCAGCUUCCUUCCUUCCCAUGGCUUCUAACUACCACAAGAGAGCAGGCUCAAAAUCCUGAUUUUCAGAGAAGAAGUUUACUUUGUGUCUUCAGUGAGGACACAUCUUUUACUCACUGAAUGUCAGGAUCCUACUGAGCAGGGAUUGAAACUGGGAUCAUCAGCAAGUGUGAAGAAAUGGGUGAUAACGAUCAGGGUGCUGUGGCUACUCCCUUGUGGGAGGGAAACAAUGCACCAGUGGAUCUGAUUGGUUUUCUUCCUCCAGAGUUGACCCAAAAGUGAAGAAAGCAUAUCUCACUUGUAAGCACGCUGCACCUUCCCAGGGUCUCUGCCUAGCUGCUUAGACAUGGACCCCAAAAGGAUUUCUUUAUCCUCAUGAUUUAAUUUGUUGUCAGUUUGGAGCUGGGACUGUUUUUUAACACUUGUACAACGAGGCCCUAUGCAUUGGGCACUAAUUUGGAGGCUUCUGGCUGCUAGUGUAAUACACAUAAUUAAUGAUAAUAAAAAUCCUAAAGAUCUA